GUUUCAGUAUGAAGGUGAAGCGCGUGAGAGGGGUGUGUGUGUGUGUGUGUGUCUAUGUGUGUGUGUACGUGCCAUCAAACUCGUCUCUAUUGUGGUAUAUAAACAACACAGUCAGAGUGAUGCUGCAUCUACAACACAACUUCAGCAGGAAGCCUCACUGUAGCAGGUGAAAGAUGUUCGGAGGGUUUGUUCAAAUGCUCAAGAAAAGGAAGGAGUUAAUUCCUUUGAUUGGGUUUGUCGGUUGUGCAGCACUUGGAGCAGCGACAGCCUCGAUUUACUUCUUACUGACCAAACCGGAUGUCAUUUUAAACAAGACAAGCAAUCCGGAGCCUUGGGAGAUGCUCGAUCCAUCAAAACCACAGAAGCUGAUAACGAUUAACCAGCAGUGGAAGCCGGUGGAGGAGCUGGAGCUGGUGAAGAAACUGACCAAAUGAUGAUUCACUUCUGUUCUCUGAUGCUACACACUGUAAACCUGCACUGUACAAAUCACUCAAAACUUGAAUAAAUUAACGACAAGA